AUGCAGUAUUUACCACUCGCGGCCGGUAUUCUGGGCAUGGUGAGCUUCACCCGGCCCCAGGAUAGCCUGCUGUCGAUGCUUAGCUUUCUGCAGGAUGGUGGUGAGCGCAUGACGCACGAACUACCGAGCCAACCCAUUGUGCAACCGGAGUAUGAUUUCGUGAUUGUCGGUGCUGGAUCGGCCGGAAGUGUGCUAGCAAAUCGGCUUAGUGAAGUGUCAGACUGGUCGAUACUGUUGAUCGAGGCAGGACCGGGCGAGAACCUUCUGAUGGACAUCCCGAUGGCCGCUCACUACUUGCAAAACUUUAACAUCAACUGGGACUAUCGGACGAAACCGAGCGAUCAAUAUUGUUUAGCGUUUAAAAACAACCAGUGCCGUUUCCCACGUGGCAAGGUGAUGGGCGGUUCGAGCGUACUCAACUACAUGAUCUACACGCGUGGUAAUCGACGCGACUUUGAUCACUGGGCCGAUCUGGGAAAUCCGGGUUGGUCGUACGACGAUGUGCUACCAUACUUCAAGAAGCUCGAGCAUAGUGUCGUACCCGAUGCGCAUCCUGCCUACGCCGGCAAGGACGGCCCACUAACGAUCUCCUAUCCGCGGUUCCGAUCCGACACGGCGAAAGCGUUCGUGCAAGGGGCAAUAGAAAAUGGUGCCCCGUACGUCGACUACAACGGACCAACGCAGAUCGGAGUUUCGUACAUCCAGAGCACAACGAAGGAUGGAAAGCGGGACAGUACCAACGUUGCGUACCUUUACGACAUGCGUGAUCGCUCCAACCUGCACGUAAAGAAAAGCAGCCAAGUAACCAGAAUUUUAUUCGACCGCAGUACCAACCGAGCGACAGGUGUACGCUUCUAUCACCAGGGUCGUUUUUAUACCGUUCGUGCCCGGCGAGAAGUGAUCGUGUCGGCAGGAGCGAUUGGAUCACCUCAUCUGCUGAUGCUUUCCGGCAUAGGACCGGCCGAGCAUCUCCGUGCCAACGGCAUCAAACCGAUCGCAGAUUUGCCAGUUGGUUACAACUUCCAGGAUCAUACCGCUGCCGGUGGGCUAACCUUUCUGGUAAACAACACCCAAACGCUCAAAUACAAGGACGUCUUCCGGUUGGAAAAUUUUAUGAAGUAUCAGUACGAAAAGCAAGGACCCUUUACGUCCAUCGGUGGCUGUGAAGCGAUCGCUUUCUACGAUUCAGAGCGCCCGCGCGAUCCAGACGGUUGGCCAGACUUUGAGCUGCUACACAUCGGCGGCACGAUCGCUGCUGAUCCAACGUACGAAGUGAACUUCAACUACAAGCCGAAAACAUUUAAGAAACUGUUUGGCGACAUUCAGCGUAAAGGCAUGGAUGGUUUUACGGUGUUCCCGUUGAUCAUGAGACCGCGCAGCAAGGGUCGCAUCACGCUGAACGGUUCCAACCCUUUCCGGUAUCCCAUCAUCGAGCCUAACUACUUUAGCGAUCCGUACGAUCUGGAUAUUUCGGUACGCGCUAUUCGGAAGACGAUCGAGCUCACCCGUACGGCGGCGCUGCAGCGUUACAAUGCCCGGCUGCUGGAAAUUCCGAUGCCAGGCUGUGAGCAAUUCCGUUUUGAUUCGGAUGACUACUGGAAGUGUUUUUCGCGACACGCUACCUUCACUAUCUAUCAUCACGUGGGGACGUGCAAAAUGGGUCCACGGAAGGACCCGACGGCCGUAGUUGACGCGAGGUUGCGCGUGCAUGGUGUCAAGGGAUUGCGGGUGAUCGAUGCCAGUAUCAUGCCGGAUGUUCCGGCCGGCCAUACGAAUGCGCCCACCAUCAUGAUCGGUGAAAAGGGAGCCGACAUGAUCAAGGAAGAUUGGAACGAACUUACGUAGUGGAAUGUAA